UUUCCCCAGACGUACGUUCCUCCUCCAGAUGAAAACGUCAGUGGAGUCAAAUUAUGUCAAAUUCCGCGAUAUUCCGCGUUGAAAAGUAGAUUCCGUUUUAAUCGGCCGAUUCCGCGAUUCCGUCCGUGAUUCCGUGAUCGCGGAAAUUAUAGGGCCCUAAACUCAGUUCCAUCAGUUCACGACAGAGCCAUGCCGAGAUGUUUCCAUUGAUUCUGCAGAGUCUCUGUCUGACAGGACAAUCAAUGUCAAAUCAGCGACAGCACCAACAUCCUUGUCUGCCAACACUGACCUGUAGUUAAUCUCCAGAGGGAGGAGUAGAGGAGAGGACCUGGUUGGCAGGCAGGCAAGGCUGGCAAGUACUGGAAAUAUACAAAUACUGGAGAGCGGCACUGUGUAGUCACCAUAUGGGACAUAAUAAUCUAGCACCAAAGUUGUGGAGAGACCAGGGAGAUAAAGCCGUUAAGCUGGACCAACCAACCAAGAUGACAAACACUGAACAAUUUGGGAGAGCUGCAACCAACAAGAAGAUCUGUUUGUGAUUUGUGUGUUGUUACAUGCAUGUGUAAACAUGUCUGAAAGCACACGUGUGUGCAUGUUAAACACGAAGUAGCGUGAGGCCAGUGGGGUGGGAUGGCGUUCACCAUGUCUGAGGGAGACGUGAUGAACUGCACCAUCAGCCAUGAAAUCCACCAGUACCUCUUCUCCUCUGUGUACAUCCUCGUAUUAUUGAUUGGUGUACCCUCCAACUUGUACUCUUUGUACCACGCUGCUGCGCAGCUGAAGCAGAAGAAUGAGCUGGGUGUUUAUUUAAUGAACCUCACUGUGUCUGACCUGUUAUAUCUGGCAUCAUUUCCACUGUGGCUACAGUACAUCUUUCAGGAUGAUGACUGGCGUCACAGAGAAUGGUUGUGUCAGUUGUGUGGGUUCCUGCUCUAUGAGAACAUCUACAUUAGCAUUGGUUUCCUGUGUUGUAUCAGUCUGGAUCGCUACCUGGCUGUGGUCCAUCCUUUAAGGUUCACCUCUCUCCGCUCUAUGAAUGCUGCGUGGCUCGUUAGUGGCAUCAUCUGGCUGAAAGAGAUCGCUGUGGGCGUAGUUUUCUUCCGCCACAAAGAACUGAGCCAAGACUGGAAGAACCAAUCAGUGUGCUUCGAGCACUACCCCAUGAAGCCGUGGGAGUAUCCAAUCAACUACUACCGCUUCACUAUUGGCUUCAUGUUCCCACUGGCCAUUCUAUCGAUCAGCUACCUGUGUAUCCUUCGUGCCGUUGGUCGGAGUGCUGGGACACAGCCAGAUCAAAAGACGAGGAUCAGGCAGUUAGUAAGCAGCACUAUCCUCAUCUUCCUUGUCUGCUUCUCCCCCUACCACAUCUUCCUGUUAGCACGCACCCUGCUGGAGCGGGAAUGCAAGUUCAUCACAGUAAUAUUUAACUACUACCACCUGUCAUUGUUGCUGACCAGCCUGAACUGCGUUGCUGACCCAGCUCUCUAUUGCUUUGUAAGCGAAAGUGCCCGCCAUGGACUGCAGAGAGCCAUUUUCAAGCCUGUUGCCAGAAUACUGUGCUGUUGCUGUCGUCGCGGCAACGCCAGCCCGAGCAACCCAACUACCGAUUCCCAUGAGGUCGCCACCGAUAAUAAAUAUGGCCAUCAAACCGUAACCCUGCUCACACACACAGUCACACGUAACUACAUAAAAACAGACACUCUCAGGAAAAACUCCAAUUUAGUCUCACUAACUGAUGACAAAACAGUCAUACCUUUAUCUGUACAAAAUAAGGACAGUCUGACAAAUGUGUGGACAGUGAUGAAAGACUCAGCUGUAUGAUAGCCCUGAAAGAGUAUGGCAGCGAGGACGGAGGAGACUGACAAUAACAACGGAUUGCCUAGUGGGAUAGGGGACAAAACUGGAAGACUAAGCAGAACUAAGCAAAGAGGAAAAUCACAACUAACAUGACAGUGAGGCUCAGUGUAGGCAUUGACCUAGUGAAAGUUGGCUGCCCGACACAGCUUUGUUUACAUCAUUAUCGUGCAAUGGCAUUGGAUGACAACAUUUCCUCUCUCUCUCAAGUAUUUACACUGAGGUCUGAAAAGAGAAAAUGGAAAUCGAACAAUCCAGUGUGCCUAACUCCAAGACUCUUUGGUGCUGUAUUUUUUGCAAAAAAACGCAACUAUUCCCAUGACGUUACUUGUUCAUAAUGAGUAGUUAAUGAAGUUACACUACAGGCAACAGUGCAAAUGAGCUGAUUAAAAAAAAAAAAAAAAGAUGAGGUCCUGCCAGUUUUAACAUGUUGCUACUGCCACUCAGAACAAAUGUAUCAUUAAGUGGUAAAUUAUACCCAAACACAUCAUAUGUUUUAUUUCCAGCUGUCACGUAAUUUGGAGAAUAUUAAAAAUGAGUUAUUGAGGGUAUUCAUUAACUCAUAUUCGACCCUAUUGGGUGGGAAACAUGAAAAGUAACAGAACAAAACAUUCCAUAUCAGAACAAGCUGAAUAAAAUCUUUACUUGAAGUGUUGCUGAUACUACAAUUAUAAGGGCCCAUUCUGUGUGUUUGUUUGCAAAUUGUUUUGAUCACUGCAUGAACACCAUGUGCAAAAUUACAGCCCUGAUUGCUAGAAAACUUGGGAGCAUUCCACAACUUUCAUGGUCUUUCAUUGUCCGUAUCUGAACUUGUUGAAGCAUGCUGCUAGCUUGAAAUUAUUAAGCAGAUAUUCACUAAAAUCAAUUAAGUUGAUGUGGUAAAACAUUAAAUAUUGUCUUUGAAGCCUAAUGUUAAAAAAGAUAUAUUACAAAAUUUUCACAUGCUGUUUUUUAUUGUGUCAGUUUACCAACGUUUUUGGAAUCAGAGUUUAGUUGGUUGAAUACUAUCUUUCAUUAGCUAUUUUCCCCUAUGCCUCCUGGCUGUGCUUGGUUUGACACAGUGGGGCAGGUGUUUUCAUUUCCACCCCAACUAGGCUACCUGCUUGAACGUGUGCUGGUACAAAACUGCUCUGCUAAUUCAGUUAGAAACAUGUUUAAUUUUCUAUAACUUCUUCAUAAUAAAACUCUACCAUUAUUUGGUCAUUUAAAAGCUUUAAUAUGAAGCAGCAUUACAGGAAAUGUUUGCGUAACCAAACAUGACUCCCAAAACAGCUGAAAGCAAACACACGACAGCGAUUCACUUACAAGCUGCACAAGUACUUAGAGCUGAGCACACCUCACUUCAUCACUUGAUCCAAGUCCAAUACUUUGACACACACAGCAGCCCACUUCUUGCAACAACUGUAGCAACUAGAUCACAAAAAUAAUUAUUUCAUUUAAAUAUGAGAAUUUAUGACAGCACACACCUCACAGAGGGAGAGAUGAUUAUUUUCCUCUAGAAGAUGUAAUAAGCUGUACUUUUUGUCAAAUUAGACAAAAACAAAUAAUAUGUUUUUUUUAGACAAUAUUAUUCACAAAUAUAUGCAGAGGGAUUUGUAUCCAUAAAGCUGGAUACCUAUCUGUACCAGAGUAAUUUGUAUCCGCAAAGCUGGAUCCGUAUCUGUGCCUGUAAUUUGCAACUUGUAUAUCAUCAUUUGUUAAUCAACUUAGUAUUUUUCAGUGGAAAUAUAUUUGUGAAUUUCCAUGUAUUUGUGUGGAUACUUUUGAGACUCUUCUACUGUGCUGCUUCACACAAAAUCCAGAAAAUGCAGGGCGCAGAUGACUCGUAAAAUGUCACUUGACUCGUGUUUUGUAAAACACAAUUCACAAAUAAAUGCAGAGUGAUUUAUAUCUGUAAAUCUGAAUCCAUGUCUGAGCCAAACAAAUUUGUAUCUGUAAAUCUGGAUCUGUGUCAACUUUGUACUUUUCAGUGUAAAUAUAUUUGUGAAUCUCCA